UUGUGAAUUCGCAUCGAAACCAGUAUAUUUACAACGUGUAUGUAAUUUUUUCUGCUUGCGUGCGCAUAUUCGGUUAAAGUGACGCAUUAUUACUUGUGUUGUCUGGACAAACGUGUGGUCUCCUCGUGUACAGAGUUACGAUUUUCAAGCAACAUAUCUUUAGGAAACAUUUUUUGAAGUCAUCCCUGAAAAACGAAUGUGAAUAUGAAGACACCCAGUCAGAUAUUAAUUUGCCAUCAACUAGUAAAAGUAUAACGACAAAUAUAGAGUAUGUUGAAGAAAAAACACAUGAUAGCGAUGAUUUGUCAGAAUGUUUUACUGAAAAUUUGGAAGAGGAUGCAUUUAUUCAAAGUAUGGGACCAAACACGUACAAAGAAGGGACUAAUCUUAAUAAAAGAACCUGGAAAUGUUUACGUUGAUUUAAUAUUAAAAGCAUCUCAAAAACUUGAAAUUAAUGGCGCGACUGUUGUACUAGAAUCAGAUGGAACACCAGUUGAGGAAGAGGAAAUAUUAAUUGCUGUAAAACAUGAAACUUUAAUUUUGUUAGAACCGGGUCAAGUUUGGUUGUCGUCUCAAUCCCAGUGUGAAAUAAGUGAAUCAUCCAGUGGUCCCAAUAAUCAUUCUUUCAUGUCACUGACUUCAACAGAGACUAUUGCUUCCACUAAAAGUAACGAAUGUAUCAGUGGUGCAACGGAAUUUUUGAAUAAUGACUCUUCUUCUUUGGAUUCCACCAUACAAGCAUCUAAUUGCAAUUUAGAAUUUUCCUGGACCAAUUUUGUAAUACCUUGGGAGAAAAUUCCACAAGAUAUGCUCCAAUGUUGUGCCCAAGGCAAACGGGACAAAUAUGCUAUUACUGAAAUUGUCCACAUUGUUGUAAAUGAAAUGAAACAAAUCAGUGAAUCGAUUCCGUCAAAAGCUUUUAAAAUCGUUUCUUUUAAAAUGGUCGAUAAAUAUCCCGCAACCUUUAGAGAUUACGACGAUGAUGGUGUGGUUCUGGGAGAUGGUACUGCUAGUUUAAAAACAAAAUUGCAAGAACGGUACCAUUACCUAAAAAGGCCGCAUAAACGGCCAGUAUCCACAUCACCUGAAACACCACUACAUCUUGCCAAAAUUAAGAAAAACGCAACGGCAGGAUGCGCCCAAUGGGCACCACCUUAUCAAAAAGCUGGCGCUGCAGCUAAAAACAAAUUAAAUACCUUCCUAGAUGAUGCUUCAGACGAGUUUUUCCACCUUUUGGAAGAAACUUUUGCAGAACAAAGGGCGUUUAUCAACAGUGUCGACCCUCCAAGUAUCACUAACAUAAAAGACCAAUGGCCCGUCCUUUUUAAAGUAGAAGCCAUAAAAUGGCAUUUUAACAAAGUUACGAACGGAAACAUAAGCAAUCUUACAACGAAUUUACAAUUAAAAGCAGAAAAAAUUGUAAAUUUUGGCUUACAACAUAAAAUUAUCAUCAGCAAAGACGUAAGACGGGAUUCGGCAGAAAUAAUUGCUUUAGAAGUGUUUGCAAGAUAUUUCCAGGAAAAUAUCUAUGGGGCCUUUUACCUCAAAUUUCAGGAUGAAACUAUGAUUGAAAUUACACAAAACGAACCGUGCAUUAUCAACUGUACUGUCGAAAAUCAGUUUUAUAUAUAUAUGGAAAAAGAAAGGGUGGUACAGUGCAAAAGCUUUUUUCAAGCUUUAGAAUGUUGCUUUUCUUUGUACUUUAUAUUUAAUUUACACUACCCGAAGGAGACGUCCACAUUUCUCGAAAUGAUUCAGAGAUAUUUUUUAAAAAUCCAUCCCGACAGUGGAAGCAAAUCGCGCAAGUUAUCAGCCUCCAAAAAAAACGUGCUCGGUCUCAUGAGGAAGUUAAGAGACAUUUACACAGUUAGAUAUAAGUUACUUAUAGGUUAGUUAAGUUUAGUUAAGUUUAGAUAUAGGUAUGUUUUCUAUUAAUGUUUUUUUAUUUUGAUAUUUUUUCAUAUUUACAAUAAAUGUAUAUACAAUU